AUGCAGUAUCCGGGUGCAGUUGAUCUACUCGUGCUGUGGUCUGCCAUGGCUACGCUCAUGGCACUGCUGUGGAGGAUGGGCGUGACUCCCAUGCAAGUCAGAGCAUGGGUGUAUAAUCAGGGCUUGGUUGUGACGGCUGGGCUGAUGAAGCUGGAAAAUGCGAGCAAGUGCCUAGUGGUAUGCCGUGCGCUCUAUUUAUCCUCCACCACUGCAGAUUUUCCCCUCUGCCAAUCAUUUCUCCCACUCUUUUUGCCUUCCGCACUAUUCCUAUCCCACACCCUUUUCUGCACCCUUUUUCUCCAUCUCGCAUGCUCCUCUCUCCUCCCCUCUCUCAAUCUCUCAUCCCGCCUUCCCUUCAUCGCCCUCACCAUGGCACAGCCACGUGGAAUCGUCCCUCUUUGGCACAGCCCCAUAAUGGGUGAGACUGCUGCGACAGUCAUGGCAAGUACGGCCGGAGCACACGAGCUGAAAGAUGAGAUGGAGAUGAGGAUGAGGGUGCUUGGCGUGCAGCUGGAAGAGACACGGAGGGAGUUGGCAGCAACCAGGGGGGAGUUGAAGGAGGCUGAGAGGAGACAAGUGGUGGAGAUGAGGGAGAUGAGAGGGCAGGUGGAGGAGAGGGAGAGGGAGCUGAUUGCAAAAUUGGCUUCAAUGAACGGGGAGGUGGUUACAGUGAAGGGGGAGUUGACGACAGUGAAAGGGGAGCUUGCUGAGCACAAGCAGUCAAGUACGUUUCAGCUGGAGGAGGCUGAGAGGGGACGCGUGGAUGAGAUGAGGGAUAUGAAAGGGCAGGUGGAGGAGAGGGAGAGGGCGCUGAUUGCAAAAUUGGCUUCAAUGAACGGGGAGGUGGUUACAGUGAAGGGGGAGUUGACGACAGUGAAAGGGGAGCUUGCUGAGCACAAGCAGUCAAGUACGUUUCAGCUGGAGGAGGCUGAGAGGAGACGCGUGGAUGAGAUGAGGGAUAUGAAAGGGCAGGUGGAGGAGAGGGAGAGGGCGCUGAUUGCAAAAUUGGCUUCAAUGAACGGGGAGGUGGUUACAGUGAAGGGGGAGUUGACGACAGUGAAAGGGGAGCUUGCUGAGCACAAGCAGUCAAGUACGUUUCAGCUGGAGGAGGCUGAGAGGAGACGCGUGGAUGAGAUGAGGGAUAUGAAAGGGCAGGUGGAGGAGAGGGAGAGGGCGUUGAUUGCAAAAUUGGCUUCAAUGAACGGGGAGGUGGUUACAGUGAAGGGGGAGUUGACGACAGUGGAAGGGGAGCUUGCUGAGCACAAGCAGUCAAGUACGUUUCAGCUGGAGGAGGCUGAGAGGAGACGCGUGGAUGAGAUGAGGGAUAUGAAAGGGCAGGUGGAGGAGAGGGAGAGGGCGCUGAUUGCAAAAUUGGCUUCAAUGAACGGGGAGGUGGUUACAGUGAAGGGGGAGUUGACGACAGUGAAAGGGGAGCUUGCUGAGCACAAGCAGUCAAGUACGUUUCAGCUGGAGGAGGCUGAGAGGAGACAAGUGGUGGAGAUGAGGGAGAUGAGAGGGCAGGUGGAGGAGAGGGAGAGGGCGCUGAUUGCAAAAUUGGCUUCAAUGAACGGGGAGGUGGUUACAGUGAAGGGGGAGUUGACGACAGUGAAAGGGGAGCUUGCUGAGCACAAGCAUUCAAGUACGUUUCAGCUGGAGGAGGCUGAGAGGAGACAAGUGGUGGAGAUGAGGGAGAUGAGAGGGCAGGUGGAGGAGAGGGAGAGGGCGCUGAUUGCAAAAUUGGCUUCAAUGAACGGGGAGGUGGUUACACUGGAGGAGGCUGAGAGGAGACGCGUGGAUGAGAUGAGGGAUAUGAAAGGGCAGGUGGAGGAGAGGGAGAGGGCGCUGAUUGCACACCAGGAGGCUAUUGCAGAGCAGGUGAAUAUUGCUGAGAGACGAAGAGCAGAGGACCUGAGGGAGCUGAGAGGAGAGGUGCAAGAGAGGAAGAGAACGCUGGCAGCAUUGAAGUGGGAACUGGACGAGGCUGAGAGGAGACGAGCAGUAGAGAUGAGGGAGCUGAGAGGACAGGUGGAGGAGAGGAAGAGGGGUUUGGAGGAGGUUGAGAGGAGACGAGUGGCGGAGAUGAGGGAGAUGAGAGGAGAGGUGGAGGAGAGAGGAGAAGAGAUGGCUGCAGAGCUGGCAGCAGUGGAAGGGGAGCUAGGAGCAGUGAAGGGGCGGUUGGCUGAGCAGAAGCAAUCAACUGCAGUGCAGUUGGAGGAGGCUGAGAGGAGACGAGCGGCGCAGAUGAGGGAGAUGCGAGGGCAGGUGGGAGCAGUGAAGGGGGAGGUGGCUGAACACAAGGAUUCUAUGAAAGAGCAAUGGGAUGUGGCUGCGAGAAGGAGGGGAUUGGAUUUGAGAGAGCUGCGAGAGGAGGCCAGAAAGGGAGAGCAUGAGCUGAGAGCAGCGUUGGCAAGGGAGAGGGAGGAGAGGAGGAGGGAGGUGCAGGAGUUGAAAAUGGCGAUGGAGGAAUUGGCAGCGUACAGGAAUUGGAUGACUGUGGAGCAGGGAAUCAACCAGAGUGACGGCGAUCAGAAGACCGCAUGGGAGGUGAGUGCUCAUUGA